CACAAACUCUCGAUCACCACAGUUGCUGUAAUCUUUCACUAUCUACCAUUCAUCCAUGAUGGCCAGCGGAUUCCUCGCCUCAAUCAUUUUACAGCAUCGCGAUGCUUUUGCUUCGGUUGCGGAGUUUCUCCGCAUUCUGGCAGGUAUCUGCUGGACGUUGAAUUAUUUCAGCAUGCUGUAUACGUCUUGGAAACACAAGCUUCCAAGCACUGGCAUCUUUCCAAUUUGUUGUGACAUUGCAUGGGAGUAUGUCUACGCCUUUGUCCACCCCACUGCGAGUGCGCACUGGCAAGGCGGGGUACGAGUCUGGUUUCUCGUCCAUUGUAUUGUCAUCCUUUUCAUCACCAGAUAUGCGCCCAACGAAUGGACCAACAUGCCAUUCGUGCAACGUUACAUCUGGUUGAUCUACGGUGCUGUCAUUCUUGGUUUCGCUGCUGGCCAGCUGGCAUUCGCCGCAGAGGUUGGCCCGGCAUUGGGAUUCUUCUAUGGCGGUGUCCUGUGCCAGACUCUAGCCAGUCUUGGGCCAAUAUGCCAGAUUUUGUCCCGGAAUAGUACCCGCGGGGCGUCUCUUCUAACCUGGUUGCUGCGGGCAAUCGCGACCUUUGGAGGUUUUAUCAAAUUAAGUAUCUAUUACUUCACUGGCAGAGACGAAGGGCCCUGGUUUGAAAGCCCGAUGUGCAAAUUCUAUAUUGGUUUGACGUUGAUUCUGGAUUUCACAUACCCCUUUUGCUACUACUUCAUCCGCCGCCAAGAAUUGGCCAGAGCUACUGAGGAGGCGAAGAAGUCAAAAUAGCUAGAUAUCAGAUGAGGGUAAAAAUGGCGGAAUUUCUUACCAAGCCUGUGUUAUUUGGUUCAUAUUUUGGGGAGGGGGAGAUUAAUGUCCUUGAUAGAGUGGGGGGAUAUUGGAGAUGUACUCCGUACAUGGUGUUACAAUCAGAUAAAUGGCGCUCCAAGCCACCAGAACAUGAUAGAAGAGA